AUGAGGUUUGUUGCUGUGUUGGAAACGAUUGGAGCUGUUCUCAUUAACAUAUUCAAAGGACUCAAAAGAGACUAUGCAGCUGAAAUCGAAGCGGUGGGGCGACAAUAUCCUGCAGAACCUUUCGAAUUUUGUGAGCCAGCACUCAUUCUGAAAUAUCCAGAUGCAGUGAAAAUGUUGCGUGAGGAUGGUGUUGAAAUGGGCGAUGAGGAUGAUCUUAGCACCCCUGUGGAGAAGCAACUAGGACGUCUCGUCAAGGAGAAGUACAAAACAGAUUUCUUCAUUCUGGAUAAGUUC